GGCGGCGGCGGCGGCGGUGGCGGCGGCAAGGGCCGGGAUGCGGCGCUACUUGCGGGUCGUAGGGCUGUGCCUGGCCUGCGGCUUCUGCUCGCUGUUGUACGCCUUCAGCCAGCUCGCAGUGUCCUUGGAGGAAGGAGCUGCUGGAGGCCGCAGGCCGCAGGCCGCGGUGGUUUCCUGGCUGGCGGACGGCGGACGCGGCACCGGGAGAGGCGCGGGCAGCGCGGGCCCGGGCCCGGGCCCGGGCCAGUCGGGCAGGUGUAAAGAGUUCUCUCUGUGUUUCUGGAAUCCCUAUUGGAUGCUGCCCUCUGAUGUUUGUGGAAUGAACUGCUUUUGGGAAGCGGCUUUUAGGUAUAAUCUGAAAACGAGGCCCAGUGAGGACAUGCACCUUGCCGUUGUCGCCUGUGGCGAGAGGCUGGAGGAAACUGUGACUAUGUUGAAGUCAGCUCUGAUUUUCAGCAUCAAGCCACUGCACGUCCACAUUUUUGCUGAAGACCAACUGCACAACAGCUUUAGAAACAGACUGGACAGCUGGUCCUUUCUACAGAGAUUUAACUACAGCCUGUACCCUAUCACCUUCCCAAGCGACAGUGCCGUGGAGUGGAAGAAGCUCUUUAAGCCCUGUGCUUCCCAGAGGCUGUUCUUGCCAUUAAUACUGAAAGAAGUUGACUCACUGCUGUAUGUUGACACUGAUAUCCUGUUUUUACGACCUGUCGAUGAUAUUUGGUCAUUACUAAAGAAAUUUAAUUCCACACAAAUUGCUGCGAUGGCCCCAGAGCACGAGGAGCCCAGAAUCGGGUGGUACAACCGCUUUGCCCGGCACCCGUACUACGGGAGGACGGGCGUGAACUCUGGCGUGAUGCUGAUGAACAUGACCCGCAUGAGGAGAAAGUACUUCAAGAACGAUAUGACAACUGUGCGGCUGCAAUGGGGAGACAUACUAAUGCCAUUGCUUAAAAAAUACAAACUGAACAUCACAUGGGGUGAUCAAGAUCUGUUAAAUAUCAUGUUUUUUCAUAAUCCAGAAAGCCUUUUCGUUUUUCCGUGUCAAUGGAAUUACCGACCAGAUCACUGUAUAUAUGGAAGCAACUGCCGCGAAGCAGAAGAAGAAGGAGUCUUUAUUCUUCAUGGAAACAGAGGCGUUUACCAUGAUGACAAGCAGCCAGCAUUCAGGGCUAUGUAUGAAGCACUAAGAAAUUGUUCUCUUGAGGAUGAUUCCGUCCGUUCCUUACUAAAACCUUUAGAACUGGAAUUACAGAAGACAGUUCACACGUACUGUGGAAAAACAUACAAAAUAUUUAUCAAGCAGCUGGCAAAAAGCAUAAGAAACCGUUACGACACUCCACCAAAGGAAAGGUGAUUCUUUGUGACUGAAGUAAAUGGAUGAAACAGCAUCGCCUCAGGAGAUGUGAAGGAAUAGCAUUGAAAAGGAUUCAGGGAGGCGUUUCUGUCUCCAGAAUAAUCCUCUUUGGAAGAAUUAAAGAGCAGUAUAUUCAUGUCAUGAAGAAGAAGUUAAACUCCUGUGCUCCAGUAAGAAGACAGUUUGAUCUCUGAUAUUUUGUAAUGUUGCUUGGUGUCAUUCCAGUGUUAGUGGAAACAUUGGACAGUGUGGGCUCUGAGCUGGGUUGGCUCUUAAGGAAGGAAGGACUGGGAGGAUGGAUGGAGAAAAUGUACCUCGGACAUAAUGGCGACAUUGAAGCUGUGAGUGUAGCAAUAACUCAUGUCAGCACUAACCUCACUUUAAAGUGUGAGAAGCGUUUACAGGAGCAGGAAGUUCUGUUCUUAAGAAAUGUGAUGUAACCAGUGUAACCGUUGACAAUCUAUGUACUCCCAUACAUUUCAUCUCUGUUCUACAAUAUUUGGUGACAAUCAUGUUUGAGAUUAUUUGUAGAUUUUAAGUAAGCUGCACAUUUAAAAAUUAGCUGUAUGAGAAAGGAGAAAAUAGUGAAAACUUAAAGGAGGCAUUGUGUGUGUGUGUGUGUGUGUGUGUGUGUGUGAGUGUAUGUGUAUAAGUGUGUGUAUGAGUGUGUGUUGACAAAUGAAGUGUGUUCAUUUUGUAUGUCUUAAACUGUCUUGCCAAACUUAAGCUCUAAGAUAUUUGGGGACAUUUUAAAAAUCACUUUGAGUGAAAAAUUUCAGCUUUACUGGGCAUUCUGGAAGCAAAAUUUAUUAUGCUGAGAAUAAAGUAAGAACCUAAUCGCAACACUAACAGGACAGUGAAAAAUUCAAUGGACCAAAUACUUAAGCCUGUGAGAUUAACAGUGGUCCAUUCAGACUUGCCUUCUACCUCAAAGAACAUUUCUAGGAUCCUUUUCAAGUGGCAAAUGCAGAGCCUUACUUUAGAUUAAAUGUGGUGGAUGGUGUGGAAGAAGAAGAUUUUUAUAUCUAGCUGUAGAAAAAGUUGUUUUGAUUUGGGUAAAUGUGCAUUUCUUAUUUUGAACACCCUUGAAGACCAUUCCCUUUUAAAAUCUGGAAUGAGGACCAGUGCCCCUUGCUCCCCUUGCCUUGAGACCUAAUGUCCUCUGAGUGGGUGGCACGUCCCUGCUGGGGCACAUGCUGCUUCCUAUCAGGUGCUCCUGAGUCCUGGCUUGUCUUCUUCUCUUGGCUUUUUAAUGGUCACAUGAAGAAAGGGAAGUUAUGAAGGGACAGUAUCAGUUGUGAUGAUUCCGUAUCCUUGGUAGGAAUAUUCAAAAGAAGUGAUCAGUACGGGUCGUUCUAACUUCUGUAGUUCAACCAGAGACAGACUGAGAAGGUUUAAAAUUCAAAGGUAUCUGCACCCAGGAGAGGAAUUGUUAACUAGCCUGAUACUCAGAUAGGUGGAGGGAGCGGCAGCCCUGAUUCCCUGGCAGAAUGCCAUGGUAAAGUAAGAUCCUGUGGACUGUGUUCAGGUUUAGCUUGUUAGGUGGAAACAGGAGGUGCAACCUUAUCCUUAUCCUUUGGCUGAUAAUGUGACAGAGCUUGCCAAAAACACAUGUCCUACAUGUACUGCAUCUAGGAAGGAGUCUUUAAGACAUUUUUUAAAUGAAGAGAUUAAAAAAUCACAUCAAAGUAGAGUAGGGCUAUAGCUCAGUAUUCAGAGUGCCUGCUUCCUGUGCUCAAGGCCCAGCAGUACAGGAACAACAGAAGGUGAGAAGGAAGUAGCCGCGUGCAGAGCCCUCGCUGGCCGAGGCUGUCACCGGUCAGCUCUGGCCACAUUUACUUCAUUUAUUCCUUUCUUAUGUUAAGGUCUCAGGCUUGUUCUGUGUCCCUCACUGAAGGCCUCGGUACUUACAAGUAACCACAUCAUCCCCACAAAAGCAGCAGCCAGCCUUGGUUGUAACUCAUCACCAGUCCUUAAACCCAGUUCCCUACUUGUUUUAAAUAUGCUAGGGACACGAUGAUUCUACUUUCAAUGAGUUUCUCAGAAGAUUUCGAUAUCAGCUUGUUUAGGAAGGAAGCAGUGGAAAUUAUUAUGCUAUCCUUAAGGUUGAAGUUAUUGACACAAUUGCUAAAUUAUAAGUGUAAUUUUUGGAUAGAGGAAGCAGUUGGGAUUAUUGACGAGGGCAAUUCACAUAAGUAAGUUCCUUCAGAUGCUGUUUUCUCAGUAGCUAAAGAUUCAGCCCCAUGCGCUCCACCGUGAUUGGUUGAGGCUGCUUAGAGAUCUUAGACUGCAUCAAACUUCAUUUGUAUGAAAAGAAUUUGGAAAACCUAGAAAAUCUGUUUCAAGAAAAUGCAGUUUUCCUUUAUGAAGAGGAGCUCAUGAGCUGUGGCAUGCCUGUCAGUGUGAUGAGGAGAACAGAUGGGGCCUGGCCUGGAUUCCCUUCUUUGUGGGCUUGGGAGUGUCGACUACACGGUGCCAAAUGGGCAAGGCUUGGAUGGGGUGACUGGAGGGGCCCUUGUCUCUCCUCAGCUGUCCCAGUGCUGAUGGAGCCCGGUUUACCCGGCUGUCUCCUGAGGCGGGAGCUGACUUCUCCAGUGUAGAUUGUUGAUGGUACGUGGAAGGAACAGAUUCUAAGGAGAGGAAGUAGAGAAGAAAAGAGUGAUGCAAAGGAAUAGUCAAGAAGGAAGGAAAGAGAGAGGGUUAAAAGAAUGAUGGAAGGCAGAGUGAGAGAAAGAUGGAUGGAUAGUAGGGAGACAGAGAGGUGCAUGUGGAGGAAACUGGAAGCAUGGGGUCCCCUGCUGAGGUAGUGCUCACCUUGCACUGCCUGGAGCCCAUGGCUGGGGACGGCAGGACCAGCCUUGUUUGAGUCAUCGGUACUAGGCAUGUUUCUCGGCCAGCUUGUUCACUGGUCAUUUAGUGGUAGUUGUCUUUUUUGCUUUUUUCUUUCCCUGUGGAAACACAUUUUAAUGUCCUUUAGCUUCUCCAGAGGAAGUCUGUGUGAAGGGAACUGUAUUAAUCUUCUAUUGGUUUUCCCUCGCACUGCUAAUGAGAAGCCUGUAAUGACCACUUGUUUGUUUGUUGUUUUUAAGUCUAAUAGCUAUUUCCAACUUUUAUAUAAAAAUCUCCUCAGGGAGUACUGAAAUGUUAUAAAACAAUCCUUAGCUUGUGGCAUUGUUUGGAAUGACGUCUGGAGCAGUGGGCACAUGCCCUCUGUCCUCAGUGGGGAUGCUUUCAGCUGCACUGUUGUCAGUGACUUGGGAGGACGGGAGAUGGUAGAAACAGGAACACGAAACCUUGAAGAAUGGUCAUUGUCAGAGAAUGAAUGUCACAGAGAGUUGACUCAGUGAUUAUGAGCACCUGGUCCCAGCACCCACGUGGUGGUCCACAGCUACCUGUAACUCCAAUUCCAAGGGGUCUAACACCCUCUUCUAACCUCUGUGGACACCAGACACACAUGUGGUGCACAUAAAUAUACACAGGCAACACAUACAUGUAACCUAAAAAAAUACUUAUUUGUCCUUUUCAGUUGCUUAUAAUAGCACAAGCAUAGUCAACCUCUCUGAGAUGUUUUUAGAAAGACAGUUGAGCUGUCUUUUCAAAACUGUAUUUGGUUUUUUGGAAUAGAGAAGAAAAAUAGAGUGUGCAAUAUGUCAGGUGUGGGGCCAGUUAUCCAUUUAUUAAGUAUAAUUUCAAGUGUCUUAAAGUAAUAAUUGCCUUACUGCAGUUUAAUAUUCAAUGGAGGCAGACCGAGGUGACUGGUUUUGAAGCAGUCAUCUUUUUCUAUGUCGCCAAAGCAGCCCUUCUUUCUUCUAAAGCCUGCUUAACUUGUUCUAAUGUUUGUUAUUUUUUUUUAAUUCAUUGAAGAUAAGAUUUAAAAAAAUGAUCCUGAGUUAUAUAGAUUUAGGACAGAUGUCUAAAAUCUGUUAUAAGAAUCAAAACUGGGCAUGGUGGCACGUGACCUGUUAUCUAGUACUUGGGAACCUAAGGUACAUGCAAGGCCAGUAUGGCCUUUGUGGAGAUCUUGUCUCAAAAAGCAAAAUAAAAACAAAACAAAACAAAAAUACAACAAAAACCAAAAAAGCCUCUAAAAGUGUGUGUUAAUACAUAGUACUUAGAGAAUCAUGAGACAAUGUGUAAUAGCAUAUUGGCCAGGGCAAUCUGCAGUUGAUUACAUAUCAGUGUCAGGUUUACUUUUGAAAACUUGUCACCUCAUCCCGGCUAGUAAUUACAAGUAUUUCCUGGGAUUUUUCUUAGACUUUUCGAUAAAUUUAUGUUUCAAACAGUCAGGAGCUUUGUAGGGAAUUUCUCUCAAUAAUACUGUGAACACUAGAAAUUUUACUGUCAAACUUGAGAACUGAUUGGGACCUUUGACCUGUGUAGAUUCCAUAUGCAGUCAGACUAUUGGAGCAUAUUCACACAUACGGCACACUGUGACCGCUCCUUCUAAACGUUCAUUAAGAGGUUGAGUCAACCUAUAUUCCAUUUAAAAAGUAAGUUGUUUCACUGUGGUAGUUCAGUAGGGUUACUUCUUUUUGAACUGUUACAAGUGGACUUCUCAAAAACAAAAACUAUAAUAGCUAUUUUCAACUUUUGUAUAAAAUCUCUCCAGGCCAUACUGAAAUGCUAUAAAAUAAUCCAUAGCUAUGGUGUUGUUCUGGAUUGUGCCUAUUCAGAAUUCCGCAGAAUCCCUUUAUUACACGAAUUACCAUGGAUACAUGAGAGCUGGGUCAGAGGAAUUUGAUGAGCCCUGUAUCAGAAGGCCUGUGAGAUGGAGAACCCGGAGCAGCUGAGUCUUCACUUCUGCCAAGCAUUUUGCUCGAGUCUGUUACUGUGCUGAGGACAGUUGUCUGAAGCCACAGGACGGCAUCCCGGAGAACCAUGCUGUGUAGACAUUACUGCCUCGAAACUGCUUUUACCUUAAAAUAUUUGGGUUUUAUAAUAAUGUGAAUAUCUUUAAGCCACUUGUGUAUCUUGAGAAUUCUUAACGGGGAGUAUAAAAGUGUAGACUUGGGGUCUAGCUUACCAGUAUUGGAAGAUGCCUUGUUCUGUUCUGGAGGGUUCAGCUCAGGUGUUUCUUGAGAAACUGUAUUGUUGUUACUAAAUAUUCAAUAAAUGUUGGAUUUCCUCA